UUGCUCCAUAAUUCCCUUUUUUUGGCUCUUCUAAGUUCUAUUGAAUUUACUUAUAUAGGUAUGUAGAUUAUAUGAAUUUUGCGCUAUUGUAGUGCUCUUAUCUAUUGAUCUCUGUUUGUUUGUUUUCCUAUUAGAAUUGAUGCGUUAGGUGUUGUUUUUUCUUUUUCGCGUACUGCUUAAUUUAUUGUUCGUUGUAUUUCAUCCUCUCAAAUGUUUGUGUUCGGUGCAUUUGUAGGUUUUGUUUGCUUAGAUCGAUUAUAAUGGAAUUUGCCUUUGUUUGUAUGAGGAGAGAUCUACUUUUGGUGGAGUUUAUAGAAAUUGUGUUGCUUGUGCUCUCGUCUAGGUUUCAUUUGUUGUGGAAUCUAUAAGAAUUGUGAUUGUUGUGCUAUGGGAAAAAAAUGAAAGAGACUCUCUAUUGAGAUUAUGUUGUUUCUGUGCCCUGAGAUCAUGGAUGAUUGGCUUGCGUGCUGUUGUGUUAGGAAUGGUUGCCUUGCAAAUGUGUAUGUUGAAUUAGAUGGUUAUGUAGUGUAUAUAUAUCUUGGUGGAAUGAUGUUUUAUAUCGCGGAGCUUUCCAGCUUUGUGGUUAUAUAAAGGCUAUCUGCAAUUUUUGAUUCAGAGAGUAUAAAUAAUCCUCAAUUUCAGGCAUUUGCCUUGGUUGAUUGAUUGAGUGGCGUAAAAAUAUCUCUGUAGGAACGAUUGACAACUAAUUUGGGUUUCUUUGGGCUUAGGAUAGUUGAUGAAAUUAUAUAGUCUUACUCUUAGCCUUGGAAAAAUUAUAGUUAAAUAUAUAGGUGCCCGCAGGUUUAAGAUAUGGGGUACCUUGAACUUGUGGCUUAGUUAUAUUGAUUAGCUAAUAAUGGAGGCCCACGUUGGAGAGUGUUUCAACUGUAAUCGGUGGUUAAUUUCGUGAACAUCUGCCUAGAUGGGAAAAAGUUGGGCAUGUAUUAAUUGUGACCAGAACAGCUGGUGGCUGUUUUAGCACAACUUUAGCUGACUUGUUGGUCCUUCAAAUCUCUGCUGCUUCUUAUGUCGCUUUCAGUACAUACAUCAUUGAUGUUUUGUGACAGUAAGUAUAUUGCAGCUAUCAAGUAAUAUUCGAGUGAGAAAUUGAGUGUUCGGAAUUGUAAGGCUAUGUGGAAAAUUUGAUGAAGAAUUUAAAGAAAGAAACAAAUACUAAUAAAGAUCUUGAAUAAACUGAGAAUUUCAACAUCUAAUACUCAUAUAAAUGGCAAAAUAAUUAAAGAAGUUUUACUUAGAUAAAGUUGAAGUAGAAGAUCCUUACUUUUAUUCUCUCCCGCCCUGUCCCUUUUCGGUUGUGAAGACUGGGACUAUAAACACAAGCAUUUCUAAGUAUGUAUGUGGUCAAUCUGAAGUUGCAAAGCUGUUGGUUGAAUCAAAUGGAAGUAGUAGUCAUGAUAGCGCCCUUCAGACAUCUAUGUCAAUCUUCUGUUAAGUUUGUUCAUCACUCUGUUUCCUUUUUCUAUUUUGCGUUCAACUUCUGAUGCGGGUAUCCAUUGAGGCUAUUGGUAUUUGCAGUUCCCACUUUUCCUUCAAUAGGCUUGCUUAGGAUUGAGAGUUUCAAGUGUUUUCCAAGCCUUCUGGUAUGUUUUAUCUUCUACCAAUCUAAUUUUGGGCUCCUGAAGGAGAUCAUCUGGUAUAUGUGGUUGUAGUUGUUCGUGAAUGAUGGUAAAGAAGGUGUAAACUUUACCUAUUUUUGCAUGAGAGGUAGACAUUGGACUGUGGGAAAAUGAGAUAUCGUGGCACAUGAUGCUUUUUAUUUGCAACUUCAGUUUUUGUGAAUUUUAGUAGAAUGCUAGGCAUGUGCGAUGAUGAGGUCUUUCAUUAACAAAGAUAAGCCUUGGGGUGAAAAGGUGAACAAAAAAGAAAGGAAACAAAGAAGAAAAAUAAAAUAAAAAAAGAAAGAUGACCACCGGAGAGUAUGGACCAGUUGGAUGUUGUAACCCAACAGAUAACAUUUUCCUUUCUGACAAUGAAAGAAUCCAACUAACACACUGUUAAGAAUUUAUAAAAUAUUUCUUCAGGGUAAGAUUCCCUUGUUGAAGUGACGUGGUGCAGAAGCUCAGACAGAGGUUGGACUACCCUUCAUCAGUAUCUCUUUAGAUGGAGUUCUCCAAGAAUGAAGUCAUCAUGCAAUCAUUAUUAUCUACUGCUGGACGCUUUGGAGCUCCGCAAUGCUUCACGAUAGUUCUAGUUUGGGUUCCUUUUGAACCUACUUGUGGAUUCCUGUAGAUCAACUUGUUUUGAUGAAUUCUCAUGGUGGAGUUUGCUGAUUGGAGCUGUCAACCUUUGUUGGAAUUUGUUGUUGCUGGUUUCAAUUGGUGUUCAUGUGCGACAACACAACAUUGUCUGAGGUGUUUUGCCCAUUUGGAGGGGCAAGUAGUCAUGCCUUUGUAGGUUUAGGACUUUUUCCCUUAGACUGUUUCCUGAAUGCAGGGCUUGUAGUUGUUAAAUUCAUCGAUAAGGCUAAAUGGGAGACAUAGUGAUUGAACAUUCAGGGACGCCACAUUAUGAGGCCUUAAACUUGCAAAAUGUUAAAGCAUCUGAGAAUGAUGCUGAUCUGGUUCAGAGUUUCUGUGGGAGCUACUUGCCUGAGGAUGGUGCACGUGAAGAAAAAUCGACUUGUACUGAAGCCCUUGACAGAGGAUACUUGGAAUAUGGCUGUUCCCACUAUCGCCGUAGAUGUCGCAUUAGAGCCCCAUGCUGCAAUGAGAUAUUUGACUGCAGGCAUUGUCAUAAUGAAGCUAAGAACAAUAUCAACAUUGACCAGAAACUUCGACAUGAGAUUCCUCGUCACAAGGUGGAAAGGGUUAUAUGCUCACUUUGUGAUACUGAGCAAGAGGUUCGGCAAGUUUGCAUCAAUUGCGGUGUGUGCAUGGGGAGAUAUUUCUGUGAAACGUGUAAGCUAUUUGAUGACGAUAUAUCCAAAAGACAGUAUCACUGCAAUGGUUGUGGAAUAUGCAGGAUUGGUGGGAUGGAGAACUUCUUCCACUGUCCCAAAUGCAGAUGUUGUUAUUCAGUUCUGUUGAGGAACAGCCACCCCUGUGUAGAGGGGGCAAUGCAUCAUGACUGUCCUGUUUGUUUUGAGUAUCUCUUUGAGUCGAUUAAUGAUGUAACAGUCAUGCCUUGUGGACACACUAUUCACCAGAACUGCUUGAAGGAGAUGCAGGAACACUACCAAUAUGCUUGUCCCCUCUGCUCUAAGUCGGUAUGUGAUAUGUCAAAGGUGUGGGAGAAAUUUGACAUGGAGAUUGCUGCAACACCGAUGCCCGAACCUUAUCAAGACAAGAAGGUUUGGAUCCUUUGUAAUGAUUGUGGAAUCACCUCAGAAGUGCAAUUUCACUUUGUGGCCCAGAAAUGUCCAUGUUGCAAAUCUUACAACACCCGCCAAACAAGAGGCAGAUAGAGGGACCAAAUAUCAAUAAUCAGUCUGGCUAUCAUGUGAAAGUGAUCCCACACUCAAUGUGGCUACCUCCGAGUGGGAAGUGAUUGGGCUUUUCAAAGCUAAGCUUGCAGAAGAAAUGAUGGAAGGGAGGGGUUUCUAAUAUGAUCCUGCUUGUAGCACUUCUGGGGUUAUCGUGUUUUCGUGUUUUCGUGUUUUCGUGUUUCUUCAUUUUAUUUUCAAUGUUCCUUGAUAGUAAUAUUUGUGGUUUAUAAACCAGUGUAAUUUUGAAGACACUGAUUAUUUGUUCACUGUUAGCACAAGUAUUGUUGGCAUGUGUGA